CUGCAGGCGUGGCUCCAGCCCAGGGGACUUGCAGGAGUCCUGGUGUAGAGAAGCACCUGCUUCCGUGGAGGCUGCCGUGUUCCCGGGUAUGCCGCGUGAACACCAGCUCCGGUAGCCCGAGCGACCACGAGCAUCUGCUCAGGACCAGGCCUGUUGGGGACAGCCGGGUCGGUUUCUGUCAUUGCAUUUGUAACUGCUACAAAAAUGCCACCAUGUCACCAACAUGAAGAAGAGAAAUUCUUCCUCAAUGCCAAAGGCCAGAAGGAAACUUUACCCAGCAUCUGGGACUCACCCACCAAACAGCUGUCUGUUGUGGUGCCUUCCUACAAUGAAGAGAAACGGUUGCCUGUGAUGAUGGAUGAAGCCCUGAACUACCUAGAAAAGAGACAGGAACAGGACCCUACGUUCACUUACGAGGUGAUAGUAGUUGAUGAUGGCAGUGAAGACCAGACUUCAAAGGUCGCUUUAAAAUACUGCCAGAAAUACGGAAGUGACAAAGUCCGAGUGAUAACACUGGUGCAGAAUCGUGGGAAAGGUGGUGCUGUGAGGAUGGGUGUGUUCAGUGCUCGAGGGGAGAAGAUCCUCAUGGCCGAUGCUGAUGGAGCCACACAGUUUCCAGAUGUUGAGAAACUGGAAAAGGGGCUGCGUGAUCUCCGGCCAUGGCCUGAUCAAAUGGCCAUUGCUUGUGGGUCUCGAGCUCAUUUGGAGAAAGAAUCGAUUGCUCAGCGUUCCUACUUCCGUACUCUUCUCAUGUACGGGUUCCAUUUCCUGGUGUGGUUCCUUUGUGUCAAAGGAAUCAGGGACACGCAGUGCGGGUUCAAAUUACUAACCCGAGAAGCAGCGGCCCGGACCUUCUCGUCUCUGCACAUUGAACGAUGGGCCUUUGACGUAGAACUGCUGUAUAUAGCACAAUAUCUUAAAAUUCCAAUAGCAGAAGUUGCUGUCAACUGGACUGAAAUUGAGGGUUCUAAGUUAGUUCCAUUUUGGAGCUGGCUACAAAUGGGCAGAGACCUGCUUUUUAUCCGACUGCGGUAUCUGACGGGUGCCUGGAGGCUUGAACGAACAAGGAAAAUGAGUUAGUUUGCUGUCGGGGCUGGACUACAUUUUUACCGACCAGUGUCAUGCAAUUUCACUUGAAAUCAGGAUUUUUCAAUAAAGCUGCGAUGGACCCAUUCUCACUA